CAGGAAUCAAUCAAUCAAUCAAUCAGCGUAUUGUCAAGCCGUCCAUCUACGCAGGCAUUGUAUCUCUCGACAGGGAAUCUCUUGCUGUCGCUAGUAACUUGCAUUAGAUCAUUUAGCGAGGAACAAUUCAGCAAUCCAAAUAUCCGGAACGAAAAUGGUCGUUCGAAGAAGGAAAAUUGCCGCCGUGCUGUUGCUUACUUUAACACUCUUUUCCAAGGGUGCAUCCUUUCAGACCGUGACGUCGUGGGGAGUACACAGUCGCUGUCGUCUUGGUCGACCAGCCGCUAAUCCUUAUCCAACGCCAACCACUCAAGGGAUAGUGGACCUUCAACAUGGCAAUCCACGUGGGUCCGCGUCCUCCACCUCUCUAAAUAUGUUCAUGGGAUCCGACGGUGGACUCUUAGGGAUAGGAGGACCGGAGCUGUUUACUAUUUUACUGGUCGGAUACUUUGUGCUAGGCCCGAGUGAUCUGUACAAGCUCGUCAAGGAAAUUGGCAAAUUCAUUCAAAACAUCCGUUCCCUGGGUACGGAUUUGUCGACCACCUUCGAAUCAAACAUGGAAAAUCAAUUGCAGCUACAGGAAUUGCGCAAAGCUCAGCGUGAACUCACGGACGCCUUUUCGUUCCGUCGAUCCAUCAACGUGGACGAUUCGGAAGCCUUCGCUACCACUGCAACCACACCGCGCGCCGAGGAAGCUUUGGUAGGUGGGGUGGCCGCCCUCGGCAAUGAUGGAGAGGACAAUGCCACCCGCAAACGCAAAAAGAUCAAACGUCGCAAACGACAACCGACGGAAGAGGAAUUGGCAGCCCAAGCAGAGGCAACAGCCGAGCCCGCCCCACCUUUGUCUACGUCAACAUUCAGUACGUCCUCCGUGGCCACGGAGGCACCGAUGAGCAGUGUUGGGAACGUUCCCGAUUUAAUUAUGCCAGGAAACACAGAAAGAGAGAGCACGGGUGACCCGUUCGUGAACGACACACCGUAUGGGGUGAGCCAGUCUGGAUCAGAGUCGAAAAUGACUCCGGAAGAAGAAGCCGAAGUGGAACGGGAGUUUGCAAAGUACAGUAGUGACCCGAUGCCCAGCAGCAGCAACGAUGUCAGUGGCUGGUAUGGAGCUCCGGAUCAAUCGAGGUACGAUGCAGACGCGCAAAGUCGCUUUCAGCAGCAAGUGGCUGGAGAUUGGAACAAAAGUGUAAUGGCGAACGAGGACAAGCUGUCGCCGCUCGCCAAGGUCAUGGAAAUGUUGGCUGUGCUGGAAAAAGAAAAAGUUGCCAAAACUCGACUUUUGGAAGAAGAAUUUCGAAAGAGAGCCGAAAUGGAAGACGCAUUUUACCAAAAGCAGCGGACGUUAUUGGAAGAAGCGGCUGCUCAAGUGCAAACGGAUGCAUACAGUUCGUUCGGUAAGGGUGGCAAGAGCAGUAAACGAGACGUGGAUAACGACAAGAAGAACAGUACUUUUGUCAUUUGAACGACGAAAGCAUCCCGUCCGUCCCGCUCUUCAAUAGUAUAGCCAUUGCGUUCGAUCUGUCGCUACCAUCUUACCUAAAAAUUUACGCCUAGCUUUGUUUUGAAUAUCUAAACAUUGUACUCUACAACA